UUCCCUAACAGCAUACUUUGUUUCAAUAUGGCCACCGACGUUCUCAAAACCACCUGUUGCUGAGUUAGUUUGAAUGAGUGUGACCAUAAAUGAGCAUGACUGUGAUGUUUAUGGAUUAAAACAACUUACUUGGCUGGUGAUAUGUUGACGAAACAAGUAUUCAAAAUGUGAAGCGUCCUUGAUCAUCCAACAUAUUAUCUGGAGAUUUUUAUAGCUCGGCAGUACCAUGGGAGAUAAAUAUGGCUCUGAUGUGUACCUGCCCAUGCCAAUCGACAGGGAUAAGCUCGGUCAGAGAAAGGUGGAAAAAAUUCAACGAGAGAUUGAAAAACUGGAAAAGGAACAGUUGGACAAGAAGGAGUUGAUUGAGCGACUGAGUCGAAUGCAAGAUAAUCAAAGCCGACAACAGGAAAUACAGAACAAUGUCCUAAAUCGACACAAUAAAGACCAACAGUUGGUGGCAGAAAAGGAGCGUGUGUAUGGCAGGGAUAGUGCUGCGAGCAUAAGAAAGGGUGAAAACAUAGAUGAUGUCAUUGCUCAGAGAACAAAAGAAUUUUCACGGCUACAGAAUGCUAAAGAAGUAGAAGCAAGAUUUCUAGUCCAGGAAAGGGACCGACUUCAGGCAGCCAGAGAGAAAGUGAGAGAACAGAGACGCGCCCUACAAACCAGGACUCCAGCUGCUCGCCAAGACUCGGUCCUGAGUGCUCCUGACAUCCCCUUUAGAGGGGGCGGGUCUGGGUCGACGCCCUACUCCCGUCUCAGUAUGGUGACACCGGACAGGGCCGUACACAGUGUGGAUGACACCAUCAAGGAUACGAUCAAAACUCUCCCAAAAACUGUCGACAAAAUUAUGCGUUUGAGACAGGACGUCCAGCAACAUUACGAGAAAUACAAGCGGCCGUACCGCGGCGAGAUGGGUAUCCAGUCCUACAAACCAAACCAGAUAGAACACUACUUCCUUGUGAGGACUAUCCUGGAUGACGUUGUGACAUCAUUCUUGGACUCUUACUUUAAGCCAGCCAUUCCUCUGGUAGAGAAGGAGGCCUACACGGCAUUGGUAGAAAAGGACAGCAAGGACCUGGAGAAGGCAGCCAUCUCUCUGUCAGAAAGGAAAGCAGUCCAGCUCAUCAUGGAAGAACUUGUACUAGAUGUGACGAGUGACUUGACACAGGAGGCUGUAGAUGAACAGAAGCAUACAUACGGAAUGGUCAGGAACAUGGCCUUCAAGGAAGUGAUGAGUAGAACUGAGGCUAUAGUUAUCGGCGAAGAUCAGGGGAGACAACCCAAUGACCAGGGCUACAGUAUGGUGACAAAGACAUUCUUCGGCUACCAGCAACAAAGGAAUCGACAGAGAAUGGAGCUGUGGGGUCACUCCCAGCCAUUCACAGCGAAGGCGCCACCACAACGCAUCAAAAAGAAAAAACCUGAAAAGAAGAAGAAGGAAGAAGUGGAGGAAGAAGAAGAUAGGGAUGACGAGGAGGACCCAGACGUUGUAGUACUAGAGUAUCAUCAAAUCAUCCCGGUAGAUAUUAGAAUAUAUGACCCAGUUCGCACCGACACACCAGACAUCAAGCAAAAUAAACGCCUUUAUCAGACAUAUAUGACUAAGGAUGUGGAAUACUGGUCGAGGGUAAAUGCGACCCUAGAUCGAAUAAACCUUCCAAAAAGAUGUGGAGGAGUGCUGUCCAUGUCUCGGUCCCCGAAUCAACGCUUCCUAGCGGUGGGAACCAUUCAUGGGGACUGUAUGAUUUAUGACACGUGGACAGUGCCAUGGAGACCGAUCAAAGUGAUAGUGAAUAACCAGGGAGGAAAUGACGCCAUAUUAUAUAUAGCCUGGAGUCUUGACAACUCCCGGCUCAUCACGACAACUGCAUCAGGCCUGGUCAAUGUGUGGUCAUUCUUGGGCGGAGGACUGAGGAAGUCGGACACUCGGAGUCUUGGUAUCCAACCUGACUCGCAUGACCAGCUCCCGAGACAGCUUGGACUGAUGUUUCAGUUUGAUGUAGAUGAGAAUGACUUCAUGUUUUACCAGGGACCGUUUGUGGAGCAGGAAACACUAACACAGAGCUACGCACCCACAGUGGCCUCUUUUUACCCAAGCUUUACAUUUUUUGGAAUCCAGAACAUGAUUUGCCUUGCUCUGGAGAAUGGAGACGUCCUGAAGGCGGAUUUGGAAUACGCCCUAGGUAGCUCCGCAUCGACUGACUUUACUGAGGCUCCAAAGAUCAUCAACCAGAUGAACUUCGAGGAGCUCGAAGGUAUUAAUGUAAUAGGGAAGGGCGUCGAGGCAGAGCUGCUGAGACGACACAAGACAAUCAUCAUGUUCAUCGGAUAUGUGGACAACAUCAAUCGGCUCGUCACUGUGGACGUGGAUGGUUAUAUGAUGCUGUGGAAACUGGACAAUGAGAAUAUGACCACCACAGGAUGGUACGUGCCCGAGUUUAAGUACAGGAUCGCCGCGUCCAAGGCCAUGUAUACACCCAGUGCCAAGGAGAAGCCGAAGAUGAUCUUUACCGACAGCGUGUCACAGAUGCCAGGUGAACGUCCCAGGACACGCCAAGAGAUCGCCAAGCAGAGGAAAACAACACAGACGACUAUAGACAAUAUGCAACUGGGCGAUCCUUGGCACAAAGAUAUUCUGAGAGACCAGGGCCUCAUAUUGUACGUGUAUGCCCCCAAGGGCGGUGUGAAGACCACCGGAGCCAUGUUCCACCUCGUCAUGAGGCACAUCGAGACGGACACACUCUCGUCCUACGUGACCCGCAUGUACAAACCUGUAAAGGUGAAGCACACAAAGUUGUUUGAGCCCAAGAUGUCUACCAAUGGGCGUGACAUGAUCUUCAUGAUGCUCUUCCCAUCCUACCCACCCAAAGCUGCUCACCUUAUGAUCGUGAUCUGUGACCUGACGAUCGGAGAACUGAAACCGUUCCGACGUGACAUUCACCUCACAACUGAAGAGUACAACGAUGUCCUAGAGAACAAUGUGGUUCAAUUUGAUGUGAGUCAGACCUAUGGACCAACGGGUUCGUCCUACGUGUUCGUCAACGUCCGCGGUGAGCUGAGGGCAUUCUCCCUCACCUCAGGGCGACAGGUCGUCAUGAUGGAACGUGAGGACGACAGGUUCUCAGGUUUCCCGGGAUGUCUUAUUGAUGCCUCAGAAUGGGACCUUCCUCGGAACUUGGAGGUCAGUGUGACGUGUUCCAAGGGCAAGAUGUAUGCAGUCUUCUUUGGACAGAAAAUUAACUACAUUUCCGUGAUUACCUUUACUGACACCAACACGUACAGGCAACGUCGGGCUAUGUGGAAGUCGUAUGAAGUCUGGUUGGACCACCAGGUGAUCCCGAUAGAACAGCGCUGUAACUUCAUCACCCAGGACCUUGUUGACGCUCAACACCCGAGCGUAUACAUGCGUGGACUAAUUCUCAAGGCUAUGGAUAAUGCUAUCAUGAAGUCUGACGGUGUCGAUUUCACCCAGGAGUUCCAGUUUGAAAAUCAGGCCAUCGACAAGGUGCAUAAUUACCUGGCUAUGGAGGAAGUGGUUGAGAACUCAAACCUUUUGGUAGACACGGCAGCGAAACCUGUGGAGGAGGGUCUGGAUGAAAAAGACAAAACCAACUUCGCUCCUGAAGACUAUCUCAUCUCCUGAGACUGAGCUUACAGGAGGGCACCUCAUCUCCUGAGGCUGAGCUUACAGGAGGGCAAAACUCCUGAGGCUGAGCUUACAUGAGGGCACCUCAUAUCCUGAGGCUGAGCGUACAGGAGGGCACCUCAUCUCCUGAGGCUGAGCUUACAGGAGGGCACAUCUCCUGAGGCUGAGCUUAAAGGAGGGCACCUCAUCUCCUGAGGCUGAGCUUACAGGAGGGCACCUCAUCUCCAGAGGCUGAGCUUACAGGAGGGAACCUUAUCUCCUGAGGCUGAGCUUACAGGAGGGCACCUCAUCUCCUGAGGCUGAGCUUACAGGAGGGCAAAACUCCUGAGGCUGAGCUUACAUGAGGGCACCUCAUAUCCUGAGGCUGAGCGUACAGGAGGGCACCUCAUCUCCUGAGGCUGAGCUUACAGGAGGGCACAACAGCAGCAGGUUGUCAUACAUAAUUAUGGAGGUGUGGAGGGUAUUUAAUUUCUACUCAAGAGUGCAGGAUUUAGAUAGAUAUCUGUGGCGUUCCGAAUUUCUGAUCCUUUUCCAAUUGAAGGUAGCAUGUCUCCAACUCUUUAGUCUUAAAAUCAUAGAUGCAUUUCAGUUUUUUCUUGUGUAAAUAUAAACUUGUAAACCUACUCAAGGAAAGACCACUCUCACACACUAUUAUUUUGAAAUCACUUUAUGCAUUGUGACAGGCUGGGUAGCAUCAUCAAUUUUGUCACACAUUUCAUGCAUCCUCUGUGAUGGUACCAUAGUUUUUAUAGUAUGACAGUGUCGGUAAAAUAUAGAUCAAUCACUCCUGUAAACUAAAGAGAGUGAAAUCUCAACCCUCGAGAUGAGAUUUUCGGUGUUCAGCAUUCAGCGAACCCUAGUGCAGUUACAUGUAUGCCCACACCCACAAAUGAAUAGAGAUAUCCUAUAUUCCCAGAAAGCCUGCUUCUGGCAGCUUGAUCCUACACCCAUAAGUAUAAGAAAUGGAGAUGUCUUAUGCCCCCAUAAGACUAUUGUCUUACAUAAUGUAGCAGAAAUGAAGAUGUCUUAUACCCCCAUCAAGACUACUGUCUUACAUAAUGUAGCAGAAAUGGAGAUGUCUUCUGCCCCCAAUAAGACUUUUGUCUUACAUAAGGUAGCAGAAAUGGAGAUGUCUUUUGCCCCCAAUAAGACUUUUGUUUUACAUAAGGUAGCAGAAAUGGAGAUGUCUUUUGCCCUCCAAUAAGACUUUUGUCUUACAUAAGGUAGCAGAAAUGGAGAUGUCUUUUGCCCCCAAUAAGACUUUUGUCUUACAUAAGGUAGCAGAAAUGGAGAUGUCUUCUGCCCCCAAUAAGACUUUUGUCUUACAUAAGGUAGCAGAAAUGGAUAUGUCUUAUGCCCCCAAUAAGAUUACUGUCUUACAUAAUGUAGCAGAAAUGGAGAUGUCUUCUGCCCCCAAUAAGACUAUUGUCUAACAUGAGGUAGCAGAACAGAGAUGUCUUAUACCCCCAAUAAGACUAUUGUCUAAAAUAAGGCAGCAGAAAUGGAGAUGUCUUAUACCCCCAUAAGACCACUGUUUAACAUGAGGUAGCAGAACAGAGAUGUCUUAUGCCUAAAUAAGAUUAGUCAUAUGUCUUGACAUAACUGCCAUCUUAUAUGGGACUUCUAACCUAAGCCCAUAAUUAUGUGUUUGACAUGAAUCUUUUUGCACAAGCAAAGUGAUGUUAAUCUAAAGUGGAAUGUGUUUUGUUUUGUUCGAUGUCUGGUAUUUCAUAAACAUGUAUAUAUAUUAUAUAAUAUAUCUAUAAAUAUAUAUAUAUAGUUAGGUCAUAGUUAGGUCAAAUGUCUUCCUUUGUGUUUCUAGGUUACAUUUAAUAGAAAUAAACACAAUGUCAAUUGAGACUGGGACAGAAUUAGAGCUCGACAUUUUAUCCAAAAAAGCCCUGGUCUCACAUCACAUCUCGCCCAGCCCCUGUUUAUUUCCACUUUGAAGAUAAAGUUCAAUUCUGUAUCCAAAAACUUCACUUACUGUCCGCAUUUUGCUGAUAAUAUUCUAUACUUUGUAAUAUUUCCUUUAUCAUAUCAUCCAAAGAUGGGUUUUAGAUCUGUGGUCCAGACAGACUUCAGCUCAAAGCUUCAACACUAGUGUAAUUAAUGAUUGUCUUGGGCCUCUUAAUUGUUGUGUAAUGUAAUAAUUUCAUAUUCUUACCUUGACAAAAGAGCAGAUUUCCUUUAAAAAAAUGACACACAUGCUAUUACUUCUUUGCUUAUACCAGUAGUUAUAUAUGUAGAUUUAAGGAGCCUCCUACCACUCCAAAACCUGUAACUAAACAUUGGAAACUUAUUUUUCUGGCAUGACUGUACGUAGCUUGGACAAAUAAUUUCUAAAAAAAACAUACCUU